CAAUCAAAGCCUUCGCCACCGUUCUCUAUCAUUGAUCUCCGCCACCGCCAUGACCACUGUCACCGACCUCUCUCUUUUCCGCCCAUCACUCUCCCUCUCACUCUCCAAACCCAUUUCGAGGCCCCACAUCAACAGACCUUUCAAGCUUUGCUGCUCUAUCGCGGAGGGGCCCACGCGUUCCGUAUCAACCAUCGAUGGUGGAGAACCGGUCCCCGCCGCGGAUUGCGUAAUUGUUGGAGGUGGGAUCACCGGCCUCUGUGUUGCCCAAGCGCUCGCCACCAAGCACCGGGACGUUGUUCCAAAUGUGAUUGUGACGGAGGCUAAGGACCGAGUUGGUGGCAACAUCAUCACUGUUGAGAGGGACGGAUAUCUCUGGGAAGAGGGACCCAACACUUUCCAGCCGUCUGAUUCUAUGCUCACCUUGGUGGUGGAUAAUGGGUUGAAGGAUGAUCUGGUUCUGGGUGACCCUAAUGCACCACGAUUUAUAUUGUGGGAUGGAAAGUUGAGGCCUGUUCCUUCCAAGCUGACUGACCUGCCGCUUUUUGAUUUAAUGAGCAUUGGUGGAAAACUAAGAGCUGGUUUUGGUGCUAUUGGCAUUCGCCCUCCUCCUCCAGGUCAUGAAGAAUCAGUUGAGGAGUUUGUGCGCCGUAACCUGGGUGAUGAGGUUUUUGAGCGCUUGAUUGAACCAUUUUGUUCAGGUGUUUAUGCAGGGGAUCCUUCAAAGCUAAGCAUGAAAGCAGCAUUUGGAAAAGUUUGGGAGCUAGAGCAGAAUGGUGGUAGCAUUGUUGGGGGUGCUUUCAAAGCCAUCCAGGAGAAAAAUAAAGCACCCAAGCCAGCCCAGGACCGGCGUCUACCAAAACAAAAAGGCCAAACAGUUGGAUCUUUUAGGAAAGGUCUUUCUAUGUUGCCUGAAGCAAUUUCCGCUAGUUUGGGUAGCAGAGUUAGAUUAUCAUGGAAGCUCUCGAGCAUCACUAAGUUGGAUGGAGGAUAUAAUUUGACAUAUGAAACUCCAGGAGGAGUGGCGUCUCUUCAGACUAAAACUGUUGUCAUGACCAUCCCGUCCCAUAUUGCCAGUAGUCUGUUGAAUCCUUUAUCAGCUGUCACCGCUGACGCACUAUCCAAGUUUUAUUACCCACCAGUUGCAGCAGUCUCCAUUUCAUAUCCAAAAGAAGCAAUUAGAACAGAAUGCUUGAUUGAUGGUGAACUUAAGGGGUUCGGCCAAUUGCACCCACGCAGCCAAGGGGUGGAAACUUUAGGGACUAUAUACAGUUCCUCACUUUUUCCUAAUCGAGCACCACCAGGAAGGGUUUUGCUUCUGAACUUUAUUGGUGGUGCUACAAACCCUGGAAUUUUGUCGAAGACCGAAGGUGAGCUUGUGGAAGCAGUUGACCGUGAUUUAAGAAAAAUGCUCAUAAAUCCUAACUCAACAGAUCCUCUUGUAUUGGGUGUUAGAGUAUGGCCACAAGCCAUUCCACAAUUCUUGGUUGGUCAUUUCGAUCUCCUAGAUACUGCAAAAGCCGCACUGAGGGAUUCUGGGUUUGAUGGUCUAUUUCUUGGGGGCAACUACGUCUCUGGUGUAGCCUUGGGAGGAUGUGUGGAAGGUGCUUAUGAGGUUGCAGCUGAGGUGAAGAAUUUCCUAUCACAGUAUACAUACAAAUAAUAUUUGCACAUACAAACCAUUAAUAAGACAUCCCAUUGAAAUUCACCCGGAUUACAACUUCUUCAUAUAGACAUGGAUUGAAGAAUAGUUUUUAGACUCAAAUUUUGAGUGGUUGAUAUCAGAAAUACAGUUCCUAACAAUAUACAUGUCUAUUUUUGUUUUAGUUCUUUCUUUUUUUCUUUUUCUUUUUUUUUGUGUCCCUUGAUACAUGGAUGUUUUUUUGUACUUGGUUGUUGGUUAUAGCAAUAAUAACAUUUUUAUUGU